UUUGUCUUCGCAACGUAGGGGAAGCGGAGAACCACACGGCCACCCGCCCCCCACCACCCCCCGACCCACCGCCCCGGUCAAAAAUCCUAAUUAGAACAAGUUCGAUCGAUCGAUCGAUCGUCAUUAACGAUCUCGAGAGCCCUCCAAAUCGAAAGUUCCCCCGAAGAAUUCUAGGAUUUCCCUAAUCCGUCGAAUUCGCCCCUUCCUUCUUCCUUUGCCGAUAUGGUUACCACCGGUGGUUCGUCGUCGGCCCGCUUCCACGGCGUUGAUCGCUUCUAUUGCCCUCCCGCCGUUAGGAGGCAUCUCGAACAACAGCAACAGAAGCUCCAGCAGAAGAAAUCAUCGACGCAAAGGCCGGCGCGGCCGAGGACCCGGCCGUCCCCGGCCCCGGAAGAGUCCCGUGAGGCGGCCGAGAACCGAGCCAAAUCGGAUGAUUCGUCAUCGAAACCCUCCGUCUCGUCUUCGGCUUCGUCUCUCCCGACUCCUGCCGGCAAUCUUGACCGAUUUCUCGAAUUCACCACUCUGAUCGUCCCCGCUCAUUACUUCCCCAAGACAAACGUUAGAGGGUGGAGGAACUGCGACGACGCGUUGAAGUCGCACCCCUACUUUUGCCUCGGAGAUCUCUGGGAGUCUUUCAAGGAAUGGAGCGCUUAUGGCGCCGGGGUGCCGCUGGUGCUGAACGGCAAUGACUCCGUUGUGCAGUAUUAUGUGCCGUAUCUCUCUGCCAUUCAGAUAUAUGUGGACACUUCUACUCCCACUUUGAGAUCGAGACCUGGUGAGGAAAGUGAUGGGCAACAUUACCUGGAUACUAGCAGUGAUAGCAGCAGCGAGAGUGAAGUAGACCAGAUACAGGAAGGAUUUGCAUCUUUGGGAACCACCAACCACCAUGAGCGAGGAUGCUUCGUAGACGGUGAUGGCGAGUCUUGCAACCCGGCCACUGUUCCUGUUUUUGAGUACCUAGAGAGGGAUCCACCAUACAGUAGAGAACCUCUUGCUGACAAGAUAUCAGGUCUUGCAAGUACAUAUCCAAAUCUUAAAAACUACAAAAGCUGUGAUCUACUGUCCUUGAGUUGGAUGUCUGUUGCAUGGUACCCAAUUUACAGGAUACCAACAGGACCAACAUUAAGAGACUUGGAUGCUUGCUUUUUGACCUUCCACUCAUUGGCAACUCACAGAAACAACAAAAUGGAAUCUAGAGUUGGAGACAAGCAAAUGCAUAACCAUGUGAUCUCAAUGCAGUUAAUUUAUCUGCUUGUUCUGUUUCCCCUGGAGAUCUACUGUUGCCCCUCAAUGAGCUCCAUUUUCAUUUCAUAAUAUUUUGAUUUCCAAGUGUAAGCAUGUCUCUUCACUGCAUAAUGUUUGUAUAAAGGGAUAGGGCCAUUUUGAGAGAGUGCAGACAUGAUUACAUUGAGAAAUUUGGUUAUCUGCACCAAUAGAACUCAACAUGCAGCUGUUGACAAUUAGGUUCUGAUAUGUUUUUUUUACUGACAGUUUCUCACGGGGGUUUAUGUAUACCCCUGAUAAUAGAUGUACUUGUCAAUUACUAUUGUUGCUAGAGUAGUGUUGAGAGAAAGCCAGCAA